AUGCCACCGGAGUACGUCUUCGAAUGGUUGGCUUUCUCCGGUGCAGGUGCAGACCACGAUGUAAGCACAAAGAGGCCCGAUUUUCGUACCAUUCCGAUAUAUGAAGACGAGUUGCCUCCAUUCGUCAUCGACCACGGGCAAAAGGUUUCUUCGACCGCUUCGGGUGACAUCGAAACCCACGAGUGGCCCUUCAAGUUGAUCAUACCCGGCAACACGCCAGAGACAUUCCGAGGAUGCAGCUACUGUAGCAUAUCAUACCAGCUCUCUGCAUCGACAAUCCGAGGAAAGACGUCGACAUCGAUGCCUACCGCCUACCAACCGAUUCGUAUCAACAGAACGGUCCAGAACUCGGCAUUUGAGUUGAUGGAUCCUAUGUACAUGGAAGGGACUUGGGCAGACAACAUCCGAUACUGCAUCUCGAUAGCACACAAGGCUGUAGCCCUCGGCACAACGGUACCCCUCGAGAUACAGCUGACGCCGCUGAACAAGAAGUUGCAAAUCAAGCAGAUCAAGUGCGAGCUCUUGGAGUCUCACAAGUUUGCCAUUAAUACUGCUCGACCCCUGCAGCAAUUCGAUGGGGAUCGCCAAGUUGCGGAAUGGUUGGCGCCGGUGGAAACCCCGGAAGAUUGCGGCCAACCUGUGUAUCGAGUAAUACAAAACCUACCACUACCAACAGACCCGAAGAAGUGUUCUCCAGAUAUGGACACAGAAGGACUCGGUACAACACACACGCUUCAUAUAGCUGUCGACGUUGCUCAGCCCGACGACAACUUGUUGAAGUUCAGAUACCACGCCACUUUGCCUAUUGUUUUAUUUGUUUCUCCAAAGAUACCCAUUGAUGCGUUUGACAAUUUUGUGUGGCCGAAGAGCCCGGAGGCGGCGGAUUUGGUGGAGCCUGACGGUGGUUUGGACGUGCCUCCCGAGUAUGGAAACCAUUUUGACGAUGAAAUGCUGGAAAGGAGCGAUAGCAGCAACCCCCCGAGUGUCUCGUCGAUUACAUGUAGCUAG